AUUACUACAGAUUUCCUAUUAAAUUUUGUAGAAGAAUAUCCACUCAGAACCAUGGUAAAAAUUGGUCUUCAAAUUAAGGCCACCCUCGAGAACAUCGAGGAGCUCAAAACGUGCCACCCAAACUAUCCGUUUUUCCUGAAAAUCAAGUGCACCAACUGCGGCGAAGAGUCGGAAAAAUGGCACGACAUCACCGAGGGCGAACACGUCAACGAGGAUUCGCGCAACCCGAAGGGCUUCAACUUCUACAUGAAGUGCCGGAUGUGCUCCCGUGAGAACAGCAUCGACAUCGUCGAGGGAAGCAAUGUUACCUACACGGCGGACGAUUCCGGUAAGCUGAAAACGAUCGUAGCAUUCGACUGCCGUGGGGUGGAACCGGUUGAUUUCAGUCCGCGGUCCGGUUGGAUUGCCAAGGCGACCGACAAUGGGCCGAAGUUUGAGGAUAUCGAUCUGUCCGAGGACGACUGGGUAGAAUACGACCAGAAGAACAACACCUCCAUUGGGGUUUACGAGUUUGAGUCUGAUUUUAUUAAGAUGAAGAAGUAGGUUAGUAAUUCUAGAUAUAUGCAUUUGUUCCUUGCGUUACUCCAGAAUUUCGUUUGCGGCAAUAAAAAAUAUAUUUA